GAGGAGGGCGCUCAGACAGCUUAAAGUGGACAGCUGAUGUGCAGUAAAUAAAGAAGUUAAAAUCAGUUCUAUGGUCUGUUUUUCUUACCAGCGGGGAUUAAAAAGCUGCUGAAACGAUGAGUCAUGUUAUCAGAGGUGAGUCUGAAUGAAUGUUUCUGCCCGUUGUCUGUUUUUGUAACUUCUGUGGUUCCGUCUGUUCAGACCAAGCUCCAGAACCGAAGUCACAGCGCGGAGGCUCCGUUCACAGCCCGAAGCAGCUCAAGUACGUCCCCCAGAACCUUUACCCAGUCUAUAAGAACAAGUUGGUUCCGGUGGCUGACAUCAUUACUCCUAACCAGUUUGAGGCUGAAUUAUUGACAGGUAAAAACAUCAGCACAGAGAAAGACGCUGUAGAGGUCAUGGACCUUCUGCAUGCUAUGGGCCCAGACACAGUGGUCAUCACCUCCUCAAAUCUGCCCUCCAGACUAGGAGACCGCUUCCUUGUGUCUUUGGGCAGCCAGCGUCACGUUCGUCCAGACGGAAGCAGAACGACACAAAGAGUUCGAAUAGAGGUUCCCAAAGUGGAUGCUGUGUUCGUAGGAACUGGAGACUUGUUUGCAGCUAUGCUGCUAGCAUGGACACACCACUACCCCAAUGACCUCAAGACGGCCUGUGAGAAGACCUUUUCUGUGAUGCACCAUGUGAUCCAGAGGACCAUAUCUUAUGCUCACGAGUUAGCAGGUCCUGGUCGGAGGCCCAGUCCGCCCCAGCUGGAGCUCAGAAUGGUUCAAAGUAAAGCUGACAUAGAAGACCCAGCUAUAGUUACGGAGGCCACAGUCAUAUCCUAACAUUACCCACCCACGAGACUCGUACUAACCUCGUCCUCACCCAUAAGUCUCUGUCAUAUCACGGUAAAUCAACACUGUAGACCAACAACUCCUCGUCCACACUCAUGCCCCUCAUAGUAUUGUAUCCCCUUUAGUCUGUUCACUCUACGCUCUUUACCAUUGAACUCCUCCGUGUCUUGACCCUUAAGCCCUGAACCCGGUUUAGGAACCAGAGCCAUGGAUGGACACGAGGUUUGGUCCAGUCAGACUGUGCUAACAUGUCUAACGAGGUAUGUGAGUCCGAAUCCAGCCGCCCUCAUGCCCUCAUAUGACUUAAUGGCACAAUAUGUAGUUAAUCCUGUGGGGGGUGCUCCGGGAGUAUGGAGUCCAGGGCCCUUUGCUAAGGGCUGUUCGGUCUCUGUACAACCAGAGCAGGAGCUUGGUUCGCAUUGCCAGCAAUAAGUCAGACCUGUUCCCGGUGCAUGUUGGACUUUGGCAGGGCUGCCCUUUGUCACCGGUUCUGUUCAUUAUUUUUAUGGACAGAAUUUCUAGGCGCAGCCAGGGGCCGGAGGGGUUCUGGUUUGGGGACCACAGGAUAGCAUCUCUGCUUUUUGCAGAUGAUGUUGUCCUGUUGGCUUCAUCAGGCCAGGACCUCCAGCGUGCGCUGGUGCGGUUUGCAGCUGAGUGUGAAGCGGCUGGGAUGAGAAUCAGUUCCUCCAAAUCUGAGGCCAUGGUUCUCAACCGGAAAAAGGUGGUUUGCUCUCUCCAGGUUGGAGAAGAGUUCCUGCCCCAAGUGGAGGAGUUUAAGUAUCUUGGGGUCUUGUUCACGAGUGAGGGAAGGAAGGAGCGUGAGUUUGACAGACGGAUCGGUGCGGCGGCUGCAGUAAUGCGGUCGGUGUAUCGGUCUGUCGUGGUGAAGAGGGAGCUGAGCCGAAAGGCAAAGCUCUCAAUUUACCGGUCAAUCUACGUUCCUACCCUCACCUAUGGUCAUAAGCUUUGGGUCAUGACCGAAAGGGCAAGGUCACGGAUACAAGCGGCUGAAAUGAGCUUCCUCCGCAGGGUGGCUGGGCGCUCCCUUAGAGAUAGGGUGAGGAGCUCUGUCACCCGGGAGGAGCUCGGAGUAGAGUCGCUGCUCCUCCACAUCGAGAGGAGCCAGCUGAGGUGGCUCGGGCAUCUAGUUCGGAUGCCUCCUGGGGAGGUGUUCCGGGCAUGUCCCACCGGUAGGAGGCCCCGAGGAAGACCUAGGACUCGCUGGAGAGAAUACGUCUCUCGGCUGGCCUGGGAACGUCUUGGGGUCCCACCGGAAGAGCUGGAGGAAGUGUCCGGGGAGAGGGAAGUCUGGAACUCUCUGCUUAGACUGCUGCCCCCGCGACCCGGCCCCGGAUAAG